AUGCUAGUGGCAGGAUUGCAGAUUAAUAGGAGUAGAAACGGGGAAGAUCGGUUUUACAGUGUAGCGAGGGCUCGCCGGAGUCGAGAUCACCUGCGGAGAGCCCAAAGUGACGUCACCGCCAGUCACUCCCAGAGCCGAGCAGACGAGCCUCUGGAAAAAGCCAAGCCGGCUGAUGCUGCGCCGACGGUGGCGGCAACCGAGCCGUCGCCGUCUUGUAAUCUGGAGAGGUUCUUGGAGUCCAUCAUCCCUUCAGUUCCGGCUCAACAUUUAUCCAAGACGACUAUUAGGGGAUGGAAAACGUCCAAUGUGGAGUUUCAGCCAUACUUUGUGCUUGGUGAUUUAUGGGAAUCAUUCACGGAAUGGAGUGCAUAUGGUGCUGGAGUGCCGUUGAUAUUGAAUGACAUUGAUUCUGUGGUUCAAUAUUAUGUGCCCUAUUUAUCGGGUAUUCAAUUGUAUGCUGACCAUUCAAAGAGUUCAGCAAAAUCAAGGCGACUUGGUGAGGAAAGUGACAGUGAUAGUAUUGCGGAUUCUAGUAGUGAUGGAAGCAGUGACUGCGGACAGGAUAGAGGUGGCUUGAAUUAUUCAAGCCAACAAUAUUUUUAUCGUUGUCAAUCAAGUGAGAAUCCUCUUAGAAUUGACCAAUUGUCUGUGAGUGAUCAGAAUGUGGCAUUUCGAGAAGGUCUUUCUAAUGAUGAAGGUGAAUCUGGAAGUUCACAAGGUUGCUUGCUGUUUGAGUAUCUUGAAAGAGACCAACCUUACAGUCGAGAGCCUUUGACAGACAAGAUAUAUGAUCUUGCUCUCCGCUAUCCUGAACUAAAAACCCUCAGAAGUUGUGAUUUACUCCAAUCCAGUUGGAUUUCUGUGGCCUGGUAUCCUAUUUACAGGAUACCAAUGGGACCAACACUUACUGAUUUGGAUGCUUGCUUUCUGACUUUUCAUUCUCUUCACACCCCUGUGACAGGUAGCGAGGCUAUGCAUCCUCCAGUUGUUACGUAUCCCAGUGAGAUGGAUGGUGUUCCCAAGAUUUCUUUGCCAGUUUUCGGCCUUGCUUCGUACAAAUAUGAAGCUUCAUUGUGGACUCCAAAUGCAGGACGUCAACGCCAAUUGGCAAACUCCCUCUUGCAGGAUGCUGAUAAUUGGCUGAAGUUGCUACACGUCACCCACCCAGAUUUCCUUUUCUUCUGCCGUUGA